GCGGAGGGGCUGCGCUUGCACCUCUCCAGCAGCAGCAGUACCGGGUACAAGGGCGUGCGCGCGGACAGGAGCCGCUAUAAGGCGCAGCACAGCGUGGGCGGAAGGCUGGUCUACUUGGGCUCCUUCGACACGGCGGUGGAGGCGGCGGUGGCGUACGCGCGGGCGGCCGGCGAGUACCAGCCUCCAGCUCCUCCGACGGUGGCGACAGAGGCGGAGGGGCUGCGGCUGCACCUCUCGAGCAGCAGCAGUACCGGCUACAAGAACGUGGGCAAGCUGCACUCUGGCCGCUUCCAGGCGAAGCGCUGCGUGGACGGCAAGGAGGUCUACUUGGGCUCCUUCGACACGGCGGUGGAGGCGGCGGCGGCGUACGCGCGGGCGAAGGCGGGCAAGGCGGGAGGGCCAGAGCGGGCCGCGGAGGAGGCAGGGGCGGCGGAGGGCGCGGAGGCGGAGGGGAUGGAGGCGGAGGGGAUGGAGGUGGAGCAGGCGGAGGAAGCGGAUGUGGAGGGCUCAGCAGGCGGGGAGAAGGGAGAGACGGCGGAGGAGGCGGCGGUGGGCUCAGCAUGCUCUACCGCCUCGCCACCUCCUCCGCCGCCUCCGACGCACAGGGAGGCUGCACUCGCCGCGCCGCUCGUGACGGAGGCGGAGGGGCUGCAGCUGCACCUCUCGAGCAGCAGCAGCACCGGCUACAAGAACGUGGGCAAGCUGCCCUCUGGCCGCUACAAGGCGCAGCGCAGGGCGGGUGGAAGGCUAGUCUCCCUCGGCAACUUCGACACGGCGGUGGAGGCGGCGGUGGCGUACGCGCGGGCGGCCGGCGAGUACCAGCCUCCAGCUCCUCCGACGGUGGCGACAGAGGCGGAGGGGCUGCGGCUGCACCUCUCGAGCAGCAGCAGCACCGGCUACAAGAACGUGGGCAAGCUGCACUCUGGCCGCUACCAGGCGCAAGACAGCGUGGGUGGGAGGAAUGUCUUCCUCGGCACCUUCGACACGGCGGUGGAGGCGGCGGUGGCGUACGCGCGGGCGAAGGCGGGCAAGGCGGGAGGGCCAGAGCGGGCCGCGGAGGAGGCAGGGGCGGCGGAGGGCGCGGAGGCGGAGGGGAUGGAGGUGGAGCAGGCGGAGGAAGCGGAUGCGGAGGGCUCAGCAGGCGGGGAGAAGGGAGAGACGGCGGAGGAGGCGGCGGCGGGCUCAGCAUGCUCUACCGCCUCGCCACCUCCUCCGCCGCCUCCGACGCACAGGGAGGCUGCACUCGCCGCGCCGCUCGUGACGGAGGCGGAGGGGCUGCGCUUGCACCUCUCCAGCAGCAACAGCACCGGGUACAAGGGC